CCGCGCGGCGCCCCCCGGAGCCCCGGCGCGCGGCACCAUGGACUCGGACUCCGCCGAGCUGAGCGAAGGGGAGCUGCUCGCGCCGGCAGGUCCUGAUUGUUUCAGUUCAAAGAACCUUGCGCUGCAAGCACAGAAAAAGCUCCUGAGUAAAAUGGCUACCAAAACUAUGGCUAACAUGCUCAUCGACGACACAAGCAGCGAAAUAUUUGAUGAGUUAUAUAAAGUAACUAGAGAACAUACAAGGAACAAGAAGGAAGCUCACAAAAUUAUGAAGGACUUGAUUAAAGUGGCAAUAAAAAUUGGGAUCCUCUACCGAAACAAUCAGUUCAACCAAGAAGAGCUGGAAAUCGUAGACAAAUUCAGAAAGAAGCUGAAUCAGACAGCCAUGACAAUUGUCAGUUUUUACGAGGUAGAAUACACCUUUGACAGAAAUGUUCUCGCAGAACUUCUGAACGAAUGUAAAGACCUGGUGCACGAACUGGUAGAGCGACACCUGACGCCCAGGUCCCACGGGCGUAUCAACCAUGUCUUCAAUCACUUUGCAGAUGUGGAAUUCCUCACUGCCCUGUAUAGCCUCGAUGGGGAUUGCCGACCGUACCUCAAAAAGAUCUGUGAUGGAAUUAACAAACUACUUGAUGAGAAAAUCCUUUGAAACUUUGCCUUUUACAAAACAAAAACUCAUUCCUAGAGCUGCAGCAAACUGGCCAUACUUGAUGAGUUGUGGCAAAGCUUGUGAGCUUCCUUCCUACCAUCCGCCUGCUACAUGGACUUCAUCAGAAACCAGCAUGUGCUCACUUGGCUUAUUAUGAAGGAAAAAAAACCCCAGAAAGCUACAAAUUGCAAUUCUCAGUUCACAGGGAUUUCAGCCUUUUCAACGGAGGGAGCUAAGAGGGGGUGCUGAUGCUUAUUAUUCAGAACAAGAUCACAGCACAUCAUAACCUCAGUAUCUGUGUUGGGGUCUUGUUGUGUGAAAAUGAACCUAAACUCAAGACACGUGACUGUGUCAAAGAUAGAAGGGGAAAAGCAGAAAGGGUGUUGCAUGGAAUUGACCCCAAAACUCUUCUUGUAUAUCUUUUUAUUAUUCCUAAAAAAGAUCUCAGAGGCUUAGAUGGAAAGUGGGGGUCUGAUGGGCACAAGUUCUCUCCUUUCAGUAGCGUCAGGAACCAAUAGGAAAGCACAUCUCCAGUUUUGCAGGUGAUUAAGACCAUACUGGAGAGCAGAACUUAAUAAAAGGGAGAGAAGUGAGAGGAGUAGAGAAGCUUCUUUAAGAAGCAUGUUCCCACUAGAGAUUUUUGCUUUGCAUCUAAGAAUAGAAGUGAGAAACUUGUGAUUCUGGAAGAACAGCUCAGUGACUUUAAAGUCAAACAUAAUGAAGAAACUAAAUCAUGAAGUACAUCUUUGGCUUCAAUGAUAACGUGUGCCCCACAGGCUCAAGCACACCGUGACAUCAAAUAGGCUUAGAUUAGAGGGCCAUGCUACUUUCUCUGCAAUUACUGUUUUCAGUGCCAGAGCAUAAGUUUCCUGCUGAAGAACACCAUGAUACAAAUGCUGAACACCUGAGAGGAAUAGUGAUAUUACUGGAUCAAUGAAGCCAUCAUCUGUCCCUUCCUUCUCCACUGAAACACCAUUUCCACCUGCAAAUAGCAAAAGCUCUCAAAAGACAAUAUUCAGUGUAUGGAACAACUUGUCAGCCAUGGCUUAGUGUAUGUCCAUUGUAAUUAGUUGUGUUUACAGUCAAAUAGUGAAAUGUGGGGAACGGGGGCCAAGCUGGUAUUUUCACAGUGCCAUCUAUGUAUAGAACAUCCACACCUCUGUAACUAGGGCUUGUUAACAUGGGAAACUUAGGAGCAACAUCAAGGACCUAUUGCAUCUUAUUCUAUACACGUUUUUUAAAAAAAUGAACACACACCCCAACACCUGUUACAGAACAAAGAUGAACUAAAGAACUUGCAGAAAAGUUACAGUGGUUGCAACAGCACAACUUUCCUGGCAAGAGUCCGGAUUUUAUAAUCCCCAGUCCAGAGCAUCACAAAAGAAAGCAGCAUGGUAUAGUGCUUAAAACAACCAAUUCAAGCGCUGCCACUGACUUCUGUAAUCUUUGACAAGUCACUUAGCUUCUCUGUGUCCCAAUCUGCAAAAUUUCCCCUUUGUAAAUUGCUCUGAAAUUAUUGGAUUUAAAAAAAACACUAGGUAAGAGCUUAGCAUUGCUAUUAGGAAACUAAGACUGAGGAAAUCCUGGUACCAAAGAAAUGCUGGCAGAGAAUUAUAUUGCUCAUUAUUGAACUGAGGUGACUUUUCUCUUUUAGAGGCAGAGGGGAAAUGCAUUACCAGUUCAUUUGAAAGCCAACUUUGUUGUGAAAAAAAUCCUCCAAAAGUCAAAUUAAUUAAUUAAUUUCAACCUUUACAUUGCACCCAUUAAUCUUUGUGCUCUGUGAUAUAGAGCAGAGCACCACAGAAAGUGUAAGGCUCUAUGGUAGAACAUUUUCAUUCCUCAAGGCCUCCUGGAAGCAAGACAUUCACUGAAAUAUGCCAGGGUAAAAAGUGAAAUUUCAAAAACAUCCAGGAACUGGGGCGGGGCGGGGGAAAGCACAAAUUUUUGUUUUGAGUCAAUCCAAAAUGUUUCAUUUCAAUAAUUUUGAUGUUUAAAAGGAAAAAAAAGCCUUUUUGCGGCUCAUUAACUUAAAUUUCAAAACAAAAAGUAGUUUUGAACCAGCUAAAUCAGAAUUUUUCACUUCAAAUAUUUUUCUCAACAUUUUUUCAAGGUGGGAAAUACAUUGAACUUGACCCUGUUUUGUGAAACUUUGUUUUGGCAAAUCAGCGUUUUCUACAGUUCAAGCAUUUUAGCUCCUUAUAACUAGUGGACAUAGACAUCUAUCACUAAGUGUGCAAUAACAUAUCCUCCAACAGCAGGGAUAUAGUUAGCCAAAAUAUCCAUUCAGUUAUACAGGGCUAGAUCAUGGAGUCAUCAAGUCCUACCAGCUAAAGCUGGCAGAGUUCAUUUCCUCAUCUGUGCUGCCUUGAUUGCAUGGCCUGGUAUGCUGAGGUCAGGGUGGAGCCACAGAGGCUGCUCUCUGACCCAUGCUAUGGCCUUAUGAAAAGAAUAAUUUGUGCAGAGUAAGAGGGCAUCUUAUAUUCCCGUACUUCCCUGGACAAGUGCAUGCUGCAGGUCAAGAUUUGGCUUUUAGAAAAUGGUACUUAGGAGGGAAUCCUCUAGAAAGAAAAUCUACAACAGUAUCAAAUGUUAUUGUGUCUUGAUGCACUAACCUUUCCCUGUUUUGAAAUUCUGUUAAUUUUAUAGUGGCUCACCCUUGGCUUGCAGACACAGCAGAUUUAGAAUACAUUUAAAACUCUCCUCUCACCAUUGGGUUCAUCCACUCCCACAGCUCUAAAGAUACUUUGGUUUGAGACUGUAGAUGAUAUGCGAAUCACAGAUAGCCUUGCAGACAACACAGAUGUCAAAUACUGUACCAAAGGGUGUAUUACAAUAAUUAGAUGCAUUACUUUUAAAACUCAUGAAAAAUUAUUCAUUUGAAAGCUUUUUCUUUACCUAAGCAAUGCUUACAGAGCAGAUCAUUGAUCUCAUCAGUAUUAUAGAGAGUUGUUUUCACAUGUAAACAUUAUUCAAAACACGAUAUUAUAACAGACUUCAGAACAUUUUCUUAUACUUCUGUCUUUUUUCCCCUACAAAACAAUUGUGUCAUAUGCAUUGCAAUAACAAUCCCAUGUUUCCUUUAUAGUGCAACUAUGCUUAGAUAGCUGGAUGCCCAGCUACCUGAUUCGUAUACUAUAGGGGUAGUUUCACAUGAACAAUCAGAAGUGUUCUUAUUUCUCAUCUUUGAAGAGUGUAUUUCAAAUGCACAGGAAAACAAGCCAUCUAAAAUGGCAGCACCAUAGGCUGCUUGUAUUGGAGCGAUUUUCCACCCAUUUCCCUUGAAUCCAUGAAACUUCUGUUCAAUAGCAACUAAUGUGGACUGCCCUUCUGUGGUAUAAUACAGAGAUAAAAUCUGGGCAGAAGGACUUGCAAGAUUUGCCUUGUAUGGUAAAAAAUUGUAGGCAUUCACCGGAACCAUAUUUAAUAAUCUACAUUUACAUGCAAUAUUGGCCAAAAUCUACCCCAGAGCACUACUUAUCAAACUGAUGGGCUGUGGGGGGUUUUUUUUUUUUUGAGUAUAUAAUACAUCCAACUCACAUAUCAAAUUUCAGGUGGUGGGAGGAAGAGUUUUUAUUUUGUUUUGGAGCAAGCUAAGUGCAUUUAAGACUUUAAAACAAACAAAUAAAGCCACCAUUUGAAAAGGAUGACAGUUGAAAGAAAAAUGAUACUCUGUAUGUGGUUUCUUUUUAUGUGUUGCAUAUAUCAGUAUUCAGACUCUGGUAUUUUAGAAAACAGCCAAAUGUGUAUCAUUUUAUUUAUAAAUUUUAGUAGCCUUAAAGUGGAGGAAAAAUGUUUUCAAGUAUUUCUGAUACUUGUAUACCUUGUAUAUUCAUUGUUUACUUUUAUACUGGUGGCUUGGUAUGUAGUAAUAUGUUUAAGUCACCCAUCAAGUAUAUGAUGUAUUAUCAUAAUAUUUGUGGAUUAAAUGAUU